CAUGGCCCGUAUAUAAGCUCUGGCCUCCUCCAAGCCGCACCACCAAUCUGCACGCACACACACACAUCCUCCUCCUGACUCCGAUUCGUAUUUGUGUCUGUGAAGGUGCGCCCAAGUUUCCCGGAUCAUUUCACGGCACACCCGAUCAAAAAAGGCCCCUCUUCAAACUUCCCUCCCGUCCCCCCUCACACAUGUAAGAUCACCUUUCCCGAAAUGCUCUGGUGUGUGGGGGGAAAAACCCGACAAAAACGCAAGCCCAGAUCCCCCACUCCCACACCCGAUAUCACCAUGUCUGCAUCCAGUCGCCUGCCGAUCUGGCUCCUUUCGCAUGGCUCCCCGGCCCUCUACACUGAGACCCAUCUUCCGGCCUACAACUUUUACCAGCAGCUUUCGCGCACCCUCCCGCGGCAGCCGGACGCCAUCAUCUGCGUGUCGGCCCACUGGACCGAGAACUCUCCCGCGGUCACGACCGAGGACCAUCCCAAGCAGAUCUACGACUUCUAUGGGUUCCCGGCGCACAUGUAUGAGUAUAAGUACCAGACGACCGGCGAUCCGGCCCUGGCCGGGCGCAUCCUCGGCGCCCUGAGGGACGCCGGCUUCGCCCGGGCCUUCGGCACGUCCUCUCGCGGCCACGACCAUGGCACAUGGUCUCCGCUCAGCAUCACCUUCCCGCCGGACGCGGCGGGCCGCGCGCCGAUCCCGAUUGUCCAGCUCUCCCUCAUCGGGGGCUACGACGCGGCCGAGCACAUCCGCCUCGGGCAGGCGCUGCAGCCACUUCUCGAGCAGGAAAAUGUCCUGCUUGUGUGCUCCGGGGGUGUUGUGCACAACCUCCGCCAGCUGAGCUUCGGCCAUGCAGCCCAGCAGGCCCCGCCCCCGGCUCCUUGGGCCGCGGCCUUCGACGAGUAUACCACCGCCACUCUGACCCAGCACACGGGCGCCGAACGCGAGCGGAUCCUCACCCAGCACCCGCUGCACCAGCAUGAGCGUCAGGCCCAUCCCGAGGCUGAUCACCUGGCGCCGGUGUUCGUGGCAGCCGGCGCCGCAGGCGAUCAGCCCGCUCGCUUGGUGCACACCAGCUGGGUGGCGGGCAAUCUGUCGAUGAGUUCAUAUAUCAUGUGAGGUCACUCGCCCGCCGAAUACAUGAAACCCGGGGGUUUAGGUCCUGUCCUCGGGUGCUCUACGCGUGCA